AUGAACGAAUGUGCACGCAAUGUUUCUGGAGGAGAUAUGAUUGGUAAAUUCGAAAUGGUACGCAACAGAAUCAACGGAAUGUGUCAGAAAAUAGGAUCAAGAAUUUUGGAUAGGGAGGAAUUGGAAAGACUGAUGGAAGAAAGAAAUAAGUUGGCGGAGACUUGCAAGAAGAUUGGCUACGAACAACAGGAAUUUGAAGUAAAGCUAAUUAAAGCAGAAUUAAAAUAUGGACAGCUAUGUAGACAGAUCCGUAUUAGUUUAAAGACCGCUCUGCUAUCAGCUGGAAAAUUUGAUAUCACUAUUCGAAAGGAAUAUGAAAGUAAUGAUACAAUAUUGGGAGGCUCAUCUCGAGGAAAUAUUAUAGAGUUCAUCGAACGCUGA